UAUUUCGACACGUUUUUUAAUUAAUAAUUGUGUUUAUUGUCGGUUCACUGAUUCAGAGAGUCAACAAUGUCCGAAUGAUCCCCUUCUGUCCGUUUCGUGGCAAAGUUAAACCAGUUCACUAAAAAGAUUCGACUCAAAAGAACGAUUCGUUAACGUCGCUAAUUGCUUUAAAGCGGAGAAAAGUUUGGUACUGGUAGAUCCUUUGAGGUCGUUUUAAUGUAUCCCCAUUUUAUCCGCAACUUCACGAUAUUACAGAAACGCCUGCGUUCUGUCCUGUAGAGAGCGGUAGUGAGCCAGCGACCGAGCUGCAUCACUGAAACGGCAAAAUUACGCUAUAUUGAUGUGCGCAUGCCCAGUAGCCGCAGCUGUAUGAUCCCUUCUAGCCUUAACCGUUUUCGUCACCGAUUAACGUUACACCUCGAGUCGUUUUGUGUCAUGUAAUAAGCGUCUCCAGAAGAGCUCUUGAGCUGCAGACUGCAAUAUGGUGACAGUUCCCAGCAGCUGCCCUACUGUACCGCUGUCCAAUGGACGCAACAUUCCCAUUCUGGGUUUAGGAACAUCUCAUGUUGGAGGUUACAGUCAUGAAGCAGUGUGCUGUGCUCUACAGGAGUGUGGCAUAAGGCAUAUAGACACAGCCAAGCGUUAUGGUUGUGAAGAGGCUUUGGGGAAAGCUCUGGUUGAUAGUGGAGUACCACGAGAGAAGCUCUGGCUCACCACCAAACUAUGGCCUGGAGAUUACGGCUACCAGAGCACCAAACAAGCCUGCCGGGACUCGUGUGCCAGGCUGGGGGUGGAUUAUUUAGACCUUUAUCUGAUGCACUGGCCGGACUGCAUGGUUCCAGGCGUCUCCAGUCGUGAGGUUCGAGCAGAGACAUGGAGAGCUCUGGAGGAGCUUUAUGAUGAAGGUUUGUGUCGUGCCAUUGGAGUGAGUAACUUUCUCAUACACCACUUAGACGAGUUAAAGGAUCGUGCUGGAAUUGUGCCUCAUGUUAACCAGGUGGAGUUUCAUCCCUUCCAGCAGCCACUGGAGCUGGUUGAAUAUUGCCGGAAGGAGAAUAUCGUUUUUGAAGGCUACUGUCCUUUGGCCAAAGGUCAAGCUCUCACUCAUCCAUCAGUCAUGGAGCUCGCCCAGAAAUACGGCCACAGCGCGUCACAAAUAUGCAUACGCUGGAGUAUCCAGCACGGAGUUGUCACAAUUCCAAAGUCCACCAAACCAGAAAGGGUCCAUGAAAACUGCCAAGUUUUUGGAUUCACACUAACAGCAGAAGACAUGGACCGAAUUAAUGGUUUACACACCAAUCAGAAGCUGAUUCAUCUCACUUAUCCAAUCUGGAAAGGAUAACCUAGCAAUCAAAAUCCUAGAGGUUUGUUAUUAGAAUAGUGACAGGUCCUGAACUCACUGAAAGGAAAGCUUAAGAAAAUGAAAUCAAGGGAAUCAGUGAUUUGCAUGCUGCUGAUGUCACACAUGUGCCUUUUGGAAACUGGUAUUCAGUGGUGUUGAAAGUCUAAUAUUUGUUAUGGUCUUAUAGUAACAAUUAGUAGGGAGAGCAAUUUUGUGUACAAACUAACUGCUAGUUACACUUCAUAUCCUCAAACAUCAGACGUGAUGGACAAGCUUACCAGUGACAGAAACACAGGUAAACACAAUCAAGUUGACAUUUAAUGGACGUUAUAUUAACUUAUGACAUGUUCUCAUUUCCCCUAUGAAUUGUUUUCUAUUAUGCUGACGUGUCAAAUUGUUGGUUAAAGCAGAAACGGCUCUGUAUGUUUCGAGUUUCUCAGAAACUGCACUGGUGAAACUGAAAUAAAUCGCAAGAACUGGAGCCAGCACACAUCUUUAUAGCUGUUACCAAUAUUGUUUAUUCCAUCCCUCUCAUUUAGAAUCAUUGUUGUACACAAGUUACAUUUUCUUCUCAAUAUCACAGGUUUCUGUUAAAUUAUUUUUUUAAAUCUUGUACUCUUAACAUCCAGUUUCACCUCCCUCUCUUUUAAACAAACAAAAAAGCAGAUUGUAUUAUACAAAAAUGCAAACCAAUUUUCACACAGUGAAUUCUUUUACAAAGUCAUUAAAUGGCGUAAUAAUGGCUACAUCCACAUUGGAGUAAGAUGGUUCUAAACAUUCCUUAAUGGAGUAUAAUAUAUAUUUAUAUAUAAAACCUUUCCUUGUUGAAAUUGAGCCUGUACCUUAAUUUAAGAGAUUUUACAAGACAACUUGGAAGUAAUCAUAAAAAAGCCAUUACAUUUCCCAAAAAAGUUAGGAAUAAAUCAAAACGACAAAAAAAGACAGCCAUAACAGUGUUAGAAGGUUGAAAAUGAGUUAAUUUGCGUUUCAUUUAAAUGAAUUCAACAGGUCUGCUCAAAACAGACACGAUCCAGUCAGAGAAAUGAAUAUCAUCCAUCAGGAACAGACCCAUUCUCAAAGAAAAUCACAUUAUCCUGCAAUUUCUCACUUGAGGAAAAAUAACCUCGUGCACAAAACUGUAAAUGAGCCUUACUGAGUCGUUUCCCUUAAAUUGCUAUGUGUGGAUGGUUGACACUAAUUUGUAAAACAAACAAAAAAAAUAUCCACACAGAAGUAAUUAGCUCAGUGAGAUCACUGAUCAUUAGAGGGGAAAAAAAAGUAAUACAGCACCCAAGCAAGUGCCAAAUAUUAAAUACAAGAUAGCACAUUCCCAUACAAUCCAAAGAUUCAAAUAAAAGCAGCAUCCUGGCAGUGCAUCACUCGAGAAUGCUUACAUUAGUACAGCUUUGGGCACUCCAAAAUGAAAAAAUCUCAACACACCAAGCACUGGCUAAACGUUUGCCCGUCGUAGCAGCGAUUAGCGAUGCGAAACAGAAUGCUCGUCAUGCUAGCGCUUGCGCCUAACAAGAACCAAAGAAAAUCUGAUGUUAGCAGUGGCAGGCGCGUGUUAGCUCAGGAAAAUUUGGAUAACCGCAGGGAGGAGGAAAAUUCGCAUUUUCAGACUCCGAAGCCAAAAUCGUAUAAAAGCCUUGCCAUGUAACUAUGCUCGGCCGCUUUCACAUGUCUCUACUGAUGAGACGUCAAGAUUAAAACGUAUCUUGCGCAAUUUUAAGUGGUGUGCAAUCGU